AUGUGCGGGAUUCUGGGGGCCUGCUGUGGCAGUGCCAGCAAAGCGUUCCGCUGCUGCUCUCUGCGCACAUUCGCCUUCACCUGGCUGGGGAUCAGCGUUUUUAUUGCUUUGCUGCAGUUUGUUGCUGGCGCAUAUCUUUCUUCAUACCUGACCCCAGUUGAUACAAUGCUUAGGGACAUCAGAGACAGAAUCAUGGAGCUUGAGGACCCUACGACAGCGCUGAAGUAUUACGGAGUCAUUGCCGACAGUUUGGCUGCUGUUUGGAGGGGCAUGAGCUUGCUAACAACAACACGCGGACUCGUUGACACAGUUGCUGUCGUCCUGUGGGUCCUGGGUUGGUACAAACAAAAGCUAAUAUUCGUGUAUGUCUUUAUUGGGAUGAUGGCGUUUGACUUCAUCAUUGACUUUUGCCUCUUCAUAAUCUUCAUGGCCGUAAUCAACGCCCUAUAUAUUGCGUACUUUUUUCCGAUCGCGCUAUUGUUGCCCUUCGUCUUCUACGGCUGGCAAAUGUUUUUGGGACCUUACGUCCUCCACUUGCUGCUUAGUCACGCCUACGUGAUGAGUGUGGGAGGCGACGGAACGGAGAUGAAAUCCUGGCAGGAAGUAAAGGAGAUGCGCGAGACGGCAGCUCAAAAAGGUGAAGAGACAGAGACGGCCCGACUCCUCUCCGGAAGCUCAGAGAAAAAACCAGAGAAGGCAUCGGGGACCAAGGACACAGGGAAGAAACAGGAGGCCGAGAAAGUCGUCACAGUGGUUGAUGACGACGUAAUGGCUGAAGCAAAGCAGGAAGUCUAA